AUGUUUCGAUACUUGACAUUAAACACUUUGAAAUAUGGGAUCGAAUCUAAAAUUCAACAAAAUAUCUUUCAUAAAAUCUCAUUUUCUACCAAUACAAAAUCUACACAAUCAACAACCAGCAAUAGUAUGCGUCACUAUAUUAAAAAUGUCGGAUAUCUGUUAGGUGCAGGUGUCGCUUUUUCACUUGCUUAUGCAGCAUAUGAAUGGAUCCUACGAGUACCGAUAUGUCCAAAGUUCAAUCGAAAACAAUAUAUCAAUAUAAAUAAUGUUUUAUUAUGUACAGCAUUGUUGCAAAACAUGAAUGAACAAUGUUCAGGACGUAAUCCUAUGAAGAAAAUUGGUGCAAUUACUGGAGUCAAUUAUAAACUUAGUCAAGUUCAAUUAGAAAAUUCCAAUGUAUCUUCACGUAUUCUUCUAAAUGAUGAACUAAUUUCUCAACGAAAUUUAUUUGAUAUCAACUAUAUAUCUGAAUAUGUCGAAACAUUAACUGAUUUAAUCUUGAAAUUAGAUGAAGAUCGUCGUAUUAAACUCCUGUCCAAUAUGAUUGGCUAUUAUGUAUUUAUAUGCCCAGAAUGUCAUUCAUCAUUAACACAGCAAAUUAUAUCAUGUACUUCUUAUCUCCAUAAAGCGGGAUUACAAAAUAAUCCCGUUAAUAUAUCAGAAAUUGACAAUGUAAAGAGUCAAACUUAA